GGAGCCAAAAAGGGUCAAGGUCUUCAUGAUAAUUUUCCAGGGAAUUUAAACAAAAUUAAGUUGCUUUCUACUCUCUGUCUGGUUGUGUAAGGCCUACUAGAUAUCUCCCCGUGUAUUCACUGAGCCUCACUUUCCCCACUUCUAAUUGGAUAUGACUUCAUUGGCUUCCCCGGGGUUCUCAGAUGCAGAUGGUUCUCCAGGAUGAAAAUUUUGUCAGUAAAGAAGAGUUCCAGGCAGUGGAAAAGAAGCUGGUGGAAGAGAAAGCUGCCCAUGCCAAGACCAAGGUCCUCCUGGCCAAGGAAGAGGAGAAGUUGCAGUUUGCCCUCGGAGAGGUAGAGGUGCUAUCUAAACAGCUGGAGAAAGAGAAGCUGGCUUUUGAAAAAGCGCUCUCCAGUGUCAAGAGCAGAGCCCUGCAGGAAUCCAGUAAGAAGGACCAGCUCAUCACCAAGUGCAAUGAAAUUGAGUCUCACAUUAUAAAGCAAGAAGAUAUACUUAAUGGCAAAGAGAAUGAGAUUAAGGAGUUGCAGCAAGUUAUCAGCCAGCAGAAACAGAUCUUCAGCCAGCUCCAUUGCAGGAAUCACAUGUCUGACUACCGGAUCCAGAAGCAACAGGAGAACUACAUGGCCCAAGUGCUGGACCAGAAGCAUAAGAAAGCCUCGGGGACGCGUCAGGCCCGGAGCCACCAGCAUCCCAGGGAAAAAUAAAAUUGUCUUCACCUUC